AUGCCGACCGUAGAGGAGCUUUACCGCAACUAUGGCAUUUUAGCCGAUGCCACGGAGCAAGUGGGCCAACAUAAAGAUGCUUAUCAAGUGAUAUUGGAUGGUGUCAAAGGUGGUACCAAGGAAAAAAGAUUAGCAGCUCAGUUUAUUCCAAAAUUCUUUAAGCAUUUUCCAGAAUUGGCUGAUUCUGCUAUCAAUGCACAGUUAGACCUCUGUGAGGAUGAAGACGUAUCAAUUCGACGGCAAGCAAUUAAAGAGCUGCCUCAAUUUGCCACUGGAGAAAAUCUUCCCCGAGUGGCAGAUAUACUAACCCAACUUUUGCAGACAGAUGACUCUGCAGAAUUUAACUUAGUGAACAAUGCCCUAUUAAGUAUAUUUAAGAUGGAUGCAAAAGGGACUUUAGGUGGCUUGUUCAGCCAAAUUCUUCAAGGAGAGGACAUUGUUAGAGAAAGAGCAAUUAAAUUCCUUUCUACAAAACUUAAGACUUUACCAGAUGAAGUCUUAACAAAGGAAGUAGAGGAACUUAUACUUACUGAAUCCAAGAAGGUCCUAGAAGACGUGACUGGUGAGGAAUUUGUCCUGUUUAUGAAGAUACUAUCUGGGUUAAAAAGCUUACAGACAGUGAGUGGAAGGCAGCAACUGGUAGAGUUGGUGGCUGAACAGGCUGAUCUGGAACAAACCUUCAAUCCCUCGGAUCCUGACUGUGUGGACAGGCUUUUACAGUGCACUCGGCAGGCGGUACCCCUCUUCUCUAAAAAUGUUCAUUCCACAAGGUUUGUGACUUAUUUCUGUGAGCAAGUUCUCCCUAACCUCAGUUCCUUGACUACCCCAGUGGAGGGUCUUGAUAUACAGUUGGAGGUAUUGAAACUGUUGGCUGAAAUGAGUUCAUUUUGUGGUGACAUGGAAAAGCUAGAAACAAAUUUAAGGAAACUGUUUGAUAAGUUAUUGGAGUAUAUGCCUCUCCCUCCAGAAGAAGCGGAAAACGGGGAGAACGCUGGUAAUGAAGAACCCAAGCUGCAGUUCAGUUAUGUGGAAUGUUUGUUGUAUAGCUUUCACCAGUUGGGCCGAAAACUUCCAGAUUUCUUAACAGCCAAGCUGAAUGCAGAAAAGCUCAAAGAUUUCAAAAUAAGGCUGCAGUACUUUGCACGGGGCCUGCAGGUGUAUAUCAGACAACUUCGCUUGGCUCUCCAGGGUAAAACAGGCGAGGCCUUAAAAACAGAAGAGAACAAGAUUAAAGUUGUUGCAUUGAAAAUAACAAAUAAUAUCAAUGUUUUAAUCAAGGAUCUCUUCCACAUUCCUCCUUCUUAUAAGAGCACAGUAACAUUAUCCUGGAAACCUGUACAGAAGGUUGAAAUUGGGCAAAAGAGAGCCAAUGAAGAUACAACUUCAGGCUCACCACCCAAGAAAUCCUCAGCAGGACCAAAAAGGGAUGCCAGGCAGAUUUAUAAUCCUCCUAGUGGGAAAUAUAGCAGCAAUUUGGGCAACUUUAAUUAUGAGCAGAGAGGAGCCUUCAGGGGAAGUAGAGGUGGCCGAGGUUGGGGAGCACGAGGAAAUCGUAGUCGGGGAAGACUCUACUGA